GCAGGAAGAAAGCCUUCACUGGACCCCACCAGUGUUUAAAAUGUCUUUAGUUCAUCCUCUCCUAGCACCCUCUGGUUUUGUUCUGAGGCCCUGUCACUGAACUCCAUCUCUUAUCUCAGAAGUUGAAGGUCCCCCAUCCCAGAGCCAGCUGCUAAGUUCCCAGAGCUUGAAUAACACCACAGUCAGCUGAAGAGUGGGCAGCCUCAGACACCACGGCCGGGAAAAUGGGGGCCAUGCCGUUCAGACGCCUGUAUCUGUUAUGUCUCUUCAUGUGCAAACCAUCCCCGGAAGUUGCUGCAGAAGUUCAGGAAUCCUCAGACGGUCCCGGUGCCCGGGAACCUGUCUGGCUCACAGAUGUCCAGGCUGCCAUGGAAUUCAUCGCUGCUGCUGAGGUGACUGUCAUAGGCUUCUUCCAGGAUUUAGAAGUACCAGCAGUGUCCGUACUCCACAGUGUGGUGAAAGAUUUCCAAGAUGUGUCAUUUGGAAUCAGCACUGCCUCCGAGGUUCUGGCCCACUACAGUGUUACUGGGAACACCAUUUCCCUCUUUCGUCUGGUGGAUAACAAACAACUGGAUUUAAAGAGUGAAGACAUUGAAAGCAUGGAUGCUACCAAGUUAAGCCAUUUCAUUCAGAGGAACAACCUCCACUUGGUGACAGAGUAUAACCCUACGACUGUAAUUGGCCUAUUUAAUAGUAUGAUUCCAAUUCAUCUUCUACUGAUGAUGAACAAGGCCUCCCCAGAGUAUGAAGAAAGCUUGCACAGAUACCAGGAAGCAGCUAAGCUCUUCCAGGGGAAGAUUCUUUUUAUUCUGGUGGACAGUGGUGUGAAGAAAAAUGGGAAGGUGAUAUCAUUUUUCAAACUAAAGGAGCCUCAGCUGCCUGCAUUGGCAAUUUACCAGACUCUGGACGAUGUGUGGGAUACACUGCCCAUAACGGAAGUCUCAGUAGAGCACGUGCAAAACUUUUGUGAUGGAUUCCUGAAAGGGAAGAGGUUGAGAGAAAAUCAUGAAUCAGAAGAAAAGAUGUCAAAGAUGGAACUCUGAUUUCUCCCUGCUUCUUCUGCGUAGGACAAAGUAACUACUUGAUGCCGAAUAAAAAG